GUGGACGCGAGAACAUAUGUUUGUAGGGGAGUUGAGGAGGGCGUCUUAACACAAGGUCUUGCGAAGUGCAAGCCUCACAAGUAUAUGUGUGUGAGAGGUAGCAAGCAAUGGCCUCAACAAAGGUUCGCGAUAGGUUCGUCUCAGUGGAUCAGCGUUCUUUUCUUUGGGUCUGAAUAUGGCGAUGGAGUUUAUCACAGACAAACGUCAAACCCAUGGCUCCCUCGCAUGAGGGCCAGUUAGGAUUUGGAGAGUACGGACGAAGGUUAGAUUUCGGACUUCUUAUCAGAAUCGUCUGUAAAGGACUAUGCGGGCAAUGGCAUUGCAUGACGAACUGGAAGUUUCUAUCUCAGAGAUGUCUCAAUCACCUCACCCCGCAGCUCAGAAGGGGAAUCUCCACCGAUGAAGAAACUGUCGUCACAUCACAAAGUGGAGAUAGAGAUCGCCAUGUCCAGAAGAAGAAAGAAGCUUUGAUCUUCCACUCCAGACUCUUCUGGCGCUUACUUAUCUGGCCAUCACACAUCGAUCUCGAUUCUCGAACCUUACCCCGGACACUACGGGCACAGGACGGCGGCAGGCCCUAUCUCGGAGAGAUGUGUAAGACAAACGGGACGGAAUAUUCGCUUGCGGAAGCCUUAUGUCUUGGUGUCGAGUUACCGCGGAUGACGGACUCUUGUCACUGGGUGAGAGUGGGAUGGGGUGCGGUCCCGAUCCAGUAAUCGCGGGGAAAGCUAGGCAUUGUCACGCUAGAAACAUGUGAGAGGGGAAGUCUUGCCGAAUGAGCGAGUGAUUGAGGUUGCUUUCUGCAUGUGGAGAAUGAUGGCAGAGCAUUUCGUGUGCACAUGAAACAUGUGCCCAGAUGGAUUUCGGAAGUCUUGUCCGAGGAGGAACUGCACGAUAGAGAGGAAAAUGCUUCGGUAAUGGGAUGAAAAAUUACAUGAGCUGAUGUUAAUUGAAGUCUGGCACUGGGGACGACGAAGAUCGUAACUGGCUUGCUCGAGAGCCAAUGAGUGUCACUGUGGACUGUUGGUUGGAUAUGGAGAAUACUCGUGUCGGAUUGUUUCCAUCAGGCAAAACAUAUGUCGGAAGUUCGAAACAGACACCCGGAAAUCUUGUGCAAUAUAGGUGUGGAGGCACGUCUUUUCAUGGGGAAUGUUCGUUUCUUGAAUGUUUUGUUUUGCUCGGGCAAGUUGCCAACAAUAUUGCUUUUGACAGAGCUGAUAUGACGGAGUGUUGAAACGGUGUUGGUUUGAAAGCUGGAGAAAGACCCAGAUUUGGUCUUUAGAUGUUCACAGGAGCAUUCCAGUCUGUGUGUGCAUGAGUGAGUAUCACCCUGGACUUAUGGUAGUGCUUGUUGUUGAUAUGAUUUGAUGUUGCGAUCCCGAUACUGCGCAUUGCAGCUUGUUGUUGUGUCGCCAGGUUCAAUAAUCCGAGACGAGCAGGUUCUGGGGAGCGAUAUUACUUGCCGAUGUCUUCUGCUUGAGGUCUGAGCAGAAUGGGAGAGUGAGUGAGUCUUGCUUCAAAAGUGGAGGGAGCGGUCCUCCCUCUUGCUGGGUUGUUAAGCGAGAAUUGAUAGCGACGAUGGUGACAUCCAUCGAUUGUCGUCGUCUUCGCUGAAGACAUGAAUCAUCUUCCUUGACGACGCCCAUCAUACAGCUAGAGUAGACGCCAUUCUUGCAUGCAGCAGCGUUGGAUGCAACACAUCCAAAAUCAUGGCUGGCGGGGACCAAGGCUCUCUUCCCCUAGCCGUCCGGCUAAAAUGUCAUGGCUUCAGAUUGAUACAUCACUUCUCCAAUUCCUCUCAACUCCCAACUCCCAACAUUAUUCUGGAUUUUCGAACCGACGAGGCUUUACACCAAGCGGCAGGUGCGGAAACUUACAGAAAUUCAUCAUGGUCAUGGUUUGCGGGGAUCCAAGUUUCCGAAUUCCCCUCGGGUAGGGUGAGGAUUCGUCAAAAGGGCUCUCGCGAAUGAGAAGCGAGAAGUCGACUUUGAUGUUCUAAUAGGCUCGAAAGUCUCCCACGAUGGACCUUGUUGAACCAACGCCGCAGAUGUGGGCCUUACAUAACAAUUAGUCCUGGUCUUGGCUGCUUUUGACUACACUCCAGGCGGCUUGCUCGUUUAGAGCUGUGAAAGUAAAGCUUCGCGUCAGCUCUCAAUCAAAGCCUUGGUGUGAAAGGAAUGGACGUCUGUGGGUGAGAAAGCCACAAAUGAGAUCCAAGAAGCAGCGCCGGAUAGCACUACAUCCAAACUGAGAUCUCAUCCUUGCUCGGACUGGCGACUUUCUCGUCCGAAGAUGCAGCCAUGAUAUCCUGUGCGGCAAGGUGGUGGAUCUGGAAUCUUUCGAACGACCAUUCGAAGCACAUGAGACCAGGAUGAGGACACCCUCUCGUCGUCACGUUAUUUGCAUCAACCCCAAGCGAAAGAGUUUCUGCAAGCCACACUGGCUGCACGGUGACCAAUGAGCUGCUUGAAAGCCCUGUUGAUCGUCAAACGGCCAUGCUGAUUUCCUCCGAAGCGUCCACACCUCAGGCGCAUCGCUAAAAAAGGCUCUAAAGGGCAUGAUGUGCUCGCUUCAUAUCUUGACAGCUCUACCUCAAUUUUGAUCAGGAUCAGGAUCAUGAUUCCAAAGGCAAGAGUUCAGAUUUUGCCUCGCUGCCACGUCAACGAGCAUUGUCGAUACUGCCGAUGAAGUUCGGAGUCGCCAUUCGGUCAAGAUCCUCGGCUUCCUGGGAUUCACGGGUGUGGCGAAGGCUGUGCAUAAAUGCAUGCAAUGCACCCGCCACAAUCGCCAUUGCGACAACGCAGAGGUGCCUCUCCGCUAAUUCUGCGCGCUUCAGCUCGCCUGGGACCUGAUCACGAAGAUUCCAAGAAAUGGGACUGUCGGGAUGAGUCAGGUGGUGGGCUGAAUGCGAAGGACGAUUUGUGAGAGGCAGGCUCGGUGUACAGUGAGAGCAUUCUAUUUGGCACCUAACAAAACACGUACAUCAGAUCCUGUAGAUUGUCGAUGCUGCUGCACAGAGGAUCGUAGAUCGAUUGACUGGUGCGAUAUCACGCUGCACGGCAUCAAAUCAACGGCUGUUGUGUUAACAAGCCGAACCGGGUAUUAGUGAUCCCUGUCACUACUUUGAGUGCCUGCUGCUCUCGAAAUUACCAACAUUGACGUCCGUGGCUCCAGGCUGCGAGUUUCCUCUUCCGAAUUGACAGAAAGGAGAUGCCCAUCUGGCAGACACGAUUGGCAGAAGGUUAGAAAGAGUUUGUGCCAAACGGGUAGGGAGAAACAUGAGGUCCGCGAUCAGAGUUCGGGGGGCUUCAGGGGCUGGCUCAGGAUUAAGCGAGGCGCUGGGAGCAAAAAUUUCAUCAAAAUGGUUGGAUGAGAAUCUUUGGCUCUUCACCAAUGAACACACAGAGAAGUCGAAUUUUUGGUUCAUGGUUAUUUUCGUGUGACUCCAAGUGCAAAAAACGGUCGAAUGAAGCACCAGAUGGCUGGAAGUGUCCCCACUGUUGAGGAUUGUCGUCUGUUUACGGGUCUGGCCGUCCUUCAGGGACAUGGUAAGUAGGCUCUCCAGAGGACUCCAGCCUUCAAAGGAGGAAAGAUAGGCACAGACAGGGCCGGCUGGAGUGAACCCUGAUCUGACUUUGACCUGAGCGUGAGAGGGGACGAUGCGGCCCGCAGGUGGCCGUGGGCAUAAUUCAUGGCACAGCGCGGCAGCAAAUGGCAUGCUUGUGCUACAGGUCAGGAGGUCGAUUUGCGGUGAUGUACCUUGGUAUCGCUGAAAGCUGG